AUGUACAAUUCUCCACCACCGAACUACACUCCGCGCGUUGAUGAUAAUGUACACGAAUCUUUCUGGACGUAUUUGUUUACUUUUAUUCCAUCUACUCAAUCGACUAAGUUACGAAAUCUAGGUAUAAGUUUCAUUAUUAUUGGUGUUUUCUCCAUCGGUAUCGAAAGCGCAAUAUUUGGAAAAGACAAUGGAAUUAGCCAUGACUACUUGCCUUUAUAUAGCUACGAAAUGUUUGGACUUUAUCCAUUCACUCUUGGUAUUGCUUUGAUAUUUGUGUGUAGCCAUCAAGUCUAUGCUGUAAUACCAAUAUUUAUCUUCCUUUUGCUUCAACUGUAUAAUCUAAUCCGAAAACUAGUUGCAUAUAGUAUUAUAAUCAACACAUGGUCUAAAACGUGUGCACGAAUUUCAUCAACAACUUACUGUAUUGCCAUCGGUUUUACGCUCUUUACUAUGUAUGUGGUUAAACAAGUUGCUACUCCGCAACGACAGUUCCCUGCACCACAUGGUCAACCGAUGUCAUAUAUUGUUACAUCAAGUGCGCAAGCUAUAAAUCAAUAA